AUGUCUGGCCCCGAACACCGCCACUGUUCCCACUCGGGGCACGGCAGUGCUUCACGCUGGAAACAGCCCGGGCUCUUCCUAGGGCUGCCCACCGAGAUGUACAAAAGUCUCAGCCCCCCGUCCCCGUACAUCCCGGACGACUUCUACUGCUGGAAGCACCUGGAACCCCGGGUGCUGUUCUGUGAGGAUGAGCAAGUCACGCUCUGUAACAAGUGUUACCUGACCCAGGAGCACAGGAGCCACGCGGUGUUCGGAGCCCAGGAAGCCGCGGAGCUUUACAGGAAGUUAUUUCAGGAUCUGUUGAGCACCUUGAAGGGGAAACUUGAAGUUGCUGAAGGCCUGUUGGCGGAGGAGCAAGAGAGAAUGUUGGUGGUUCAGGUUUGUGAUGUUAUCUUGGUUGAUCUUGACUCUGAAAUUGCCUUUGUCUUUUGUAUUCUGUCCUCUUGUUUCUUCUCCCAUACUUUAUAUUUCCUUGUCUUUAUAUUGGAGUUAGAGAUGGAAAAGAUUUAUGGUCACCCUGUGGUGUUUAACCUAAAGUCCAUCAUUUCUAUGUCUGUGAUGAAGAGAGAAGAGCACAAUUUUAAAGAAAUUAUUAAGUCUGAAUGUAAGAUGAUGUUCCGGUUGAUGACUGAAGAGAAUAAGAUAAACUUCCAGAACCUGCAAGGGUGCUUACUAGACCCAGCCUUGAAAGAAGCCAGUCUUAAUCAGAUGAUGGCGUUCGCCGCAGACCUCGAGGAGAAGUACCAGAAAACACUACAGAAACUGAGCAGUCUGGGAAGAGAGAACAUAACGAAACUGCAGGAGAGUGAAAUCCGGCUCUAUGAACAGAUCUGCAGCCUGCAAAGGACCAUCAUAGAGCUAGAGAAGAAGUGUGGGGAAUCGCCCCUAGCGCUGCUCAAGGAUGUACGAUAUUGUUUGGAACGGAGUGGCGGGUCGCUGCUGCUUCAGUGUGUAGAGCCCGCCCAGAUCACAACCCCGAGGUUAUGCCAGAUACCAGGAAUGAGCGAAAUGCUGGAACUGAUUCAAAGACCUAUAACUUUGGAUCCCAAAACAGCUCAUCCUUCUCUUGUCUUAUCUGAGGAUCUGAGAAGCGUAACAUUCAAAAAAGUCCAGCAGGAUGUACCUGGCCACCCGGGGGUGUUUAACUUUGGUGCUUCUGUGUUGGGUGCAGAGAGCUUCACUUCAGGGAGGCAUUACUGGGAGGUAGAUGUGCAAAAGGCAACCAAGUGGCUGCUGGGUGUCUAUGAAGACCCUACCAGCAGGCUGGAUGUCAUGCCCAAAGGUUCUGGAGAUAAAAUCUUAGUGAUGGGGUCUGUGAUGGGAACCGAUUGUGCCUUCUGGGCCUUUCCCCCUUUAAAAAGGGUCUCCUUGGGGGAGCAGAUGCACAGAGUUGGAGUUUACCUGGACUAUAAGUAUGGGCAGAUAUCAUUCUAUGAUGUGACCAAGAAGCUCCUCAUUUAUAAUUUCUCUCAUCUUGUCUUCCAAGGAGCUGUCAGGCCUAUAUUUUCUCUUUGUUUCCCAAAUGGAGGCACAAAUUCAGACACUCUCAGCAUCUGCGUCCCUGAUGUUUUCUUCUUGUAA